AUGGGGGACACCAAGGUCGGCCAAAGCAUAGCCACCGUGGUCGGACCGACCCCGGGGAUGUAUAUUCAGAGCCUCGUUGAUAUAUGGUUCACUAUGAGUUUGGACUAUAAGGGUAGUGCAUCAUAUUAUAACCAGUCGCGAGACUGGAAGACAAAUUACUUUACUCAAUUAAUUUGGGCUGAUACAGAUAAAGUGGGAUGCGGCAAAGCCAGGUUCUUCGUGGAAAACAAAAAUAAAAUUAUCGAGAGACUGAUUUGCAAUUUCGCGCCCAAAGGGAAUAACCACGGAAAGCCCGUGUACGCCAUAGGUUACCCAGCAACACAGUGCAAAAACAAUAUGGUAUCAGAUAAAGAAUUUCAUGGACUAUGUUCUCUUGGGACACAAAACAAUGUAAGAAAAUUUACACUCAACAAACCUCCAGUAAGCAGCUUAUUGAGGAUUCUCAAUUUGUCGAAUAAUUCAGUGAGGCAAGAAAUAGAUCCUGUUCGCAAUAAAUUAAGUCAAGCAAAAUUUGAUUACAAUUUCACCAAUGAGCAAAGAAAUCAGAAAAUCAGACACGUCUUCUUCAAUAAUAGCUACGUAGCAAGAAAAAAUAUUCCAUCCAUGCAAACAUACAAUAAAUGGCCUAGUCCAGAGAAUUUUUCAAGAAAUCAGCAAAUCCAAAAAUAUCAGCAAGAGAGAGGACAUUCAAGAGUCUACCAUGGACACGAAUUACACGAUCAUAACUUUGGAUCGGAAAAUAAGCUAGGAACCUAUCAAAGCUCUACAAAUAUUGCCCACUCUACUGAUUCGACUGAUGUACCCAAUGAAGCAAAAGAAACAAACUUCAGGAAAUACUAUCAAAACCACGACUGUACUAGACAUCAAUCUUUCAAAAAAUUGGUAACACCAUAUAUUAAAAAUGACUGCAGGAAUUGCGAUACUAGAGCCAAUGUUUGUACACGUGAACAUACAUCAGAUAAUUGUGCAAAAAUUGCAGCUUCUUGUCAUGAAACUACAAAUCUAUGUCUGCAAAAUGAGAAACCUGAAUGUUCCUGUAUACCAACUACAACUUGCGCUCCACUGCCACCAAAAUGUGGCUGUAAUAUCAAUUGCCCGUGCAUAAAAACAGAUUGCAUUCCAACCCAAUGCCCACCAGCCCAAGGGUUUAGAAGAAAUCAUAAACUUAAAGAGGACUCCAGUACACCUUUAGAAUUUCAUUAUUAUGAUUUACUUCCUAACAUGGAAAUCCGAAGUGGUGAUAAUGACAAUAAGAAAUUACACCCUAAAGAAUCUUCAUCGAAAAGUCCGUGGGUGGAUUACACAACGUUCGGUAAUAAUUUGAAAUCACUUCCUUAUACUCCCCACUAUAACGAAAAUCACGAUUAUGUAAAAGAUUUAACUUCAUCAGAAAAAACUAAUAAACUAAAUUCUGAUUACAUUUACGAUUUCUCUGAUUCCAGAGAAAGAAAAAGACGUAAUCUAGGAGAUGAAAUGACAUUUAAGCCGUUUUGGCAAAUGGACGAGUUCAAUCACCAAAGACCAGAAUUGCUAAAGUCUAUAAAAUACACUACAUUACAAAAAAGGAAGACUAAACGAACUACUCUUGGAAAAAUUGCACAAACCACAGAAAUCAUUACAAUAAAAUUAAAAGAGAGUGCCGAUAGCAUUCCCAAACAGAAAAAAAAUAUGAUAGAAAAAUACUUAUCAUUUGAUGAAUUAAUGCAUCUUAGAAAGUUUGGUUCUACUGAACCAAAUACUAUUAUAAAUGCAAGAAGAGCCGAUAGUAAUACUACUAGUACUACUACUAGUAAAGCUACAUCUGAAUACACAACUAAUACACCAUUUAAAAGGAAAAAGCAUUGCACAAGAAAAUUAACAUGUACAUGGACCGCGGUAACUAUAACCGAUGCCAACGGUAGUGUAAUUGGUGGCGGAGGUUAUGGAGGAGAUGGAGAUCGUGGUUCCAGAACUCCACCUGGUUAUGUUGAUGGUUGCACCCGUACCUCUACAUGUACCCGUGAUUAUAUGGAUAGAAAUAAGUUUUCUACUCUUUCAGAUUCUAGUGAUUCCACUGUGUCGCAACUAGAAGAUGAAGACUACUGUGAAAGAAGAGCGUUAAAUGUUCAUAGAAGAGAUUCUUAUCGAGACAGUUCUAUACUAAAUAAUGAUCGAGUCACAACAGUAUUGUAUCAUAUGAAUAACAAUGCUGACAGUACUUAUAUUUCGUAUUCUUCGACAGAAAGUUGUCUUUGUAUAGAUGAUAAACUAAGAAUAAAAAGAAACGAAAAGAAUAAUUCAGUACUAUUUAAUAACAGCAAUAUUUUUGAAGGUGAAAGAGACAAACGCUCCUAUGAAAUUUUAUCAUAUGGAAAUUUAUAUUAUUUGCUUUUACAAAAAAUUAUAGACACAUGGAAAAGGAGUCAUCGUUCCGCCAAUUGUUUCUGCAAUGCUGGUACUGUUCUUAUCAAAGGAUCUAUUUUAUUCAUUGCGCUUACAUUUAUGUUUAAUUUAUUAUUAAAUAAUUACAAAUGA